AUGGGAGAUUCAGAGAGAUGCUCCAACAAGGUUGCCAUACAUAGCUCUUUCGUGUCGGGCCUCUUCAGAGACUGUCUGGACAGGCCAGGUCCGGGCGAAGAUUCAGCGCACAGGGGGCUUUGGAGAUUUUUCGGGCUACCGCCAUGUAAGUUGACCUCAUCAGGUGACAAGGUCCGUGAAGCUUACAUCGAGUUCUUCAGAGACAAGAAGGAACACGACUUCAUCGCGUCGAGCCCGGUGGUGCCUCUGAAUGAUCCGACGCUGCUGUUUGCCAACGCCGGAAUGAACCAGUUCAAGCCUAUUUUUUUGGGACAGCUGGAGCCCAACAGCCCGCUUCAAGGCGUAGCACGAGCAGUCAACAGCCAGAAGUGCAUCCGUGCCGGUGGGAAGCACAACGACCUGGAUGACGUUGGCAAGGACGUGUAUCACCACACCUUCUUUGAGAUGUUGGGCAACUGGAGCUUCGGCGACUAUUUCAAGGAGGAGGCGAUCAACUGGGCCUGGGAGCUCCUCACGGAGGUCUACGGCUUGGACCCGGAACGCCUUUACGCCAGCUAUUUCGCCGGUGACGAAGAGCUGGGCCUCCCAGCGGAUGUCGAGGCCAAGGAGAUGUGGGAGAAGCUCCUCCCACCUGAGAGGGUCUUGCCCUUCGACAGAAAGGACAACUUCUGGGAGAUGGGUGCCACAGGCCCGUGCGGGCCCUGCUCCGAGCUGCACUAUGAUCGCCUGGGUGGCCGGGAUGCUGCAGCUUUGGUCAAUGCUGAUGACCCAGAUGUGAUCGAGAUCUGGAACUUGGUGUUCAUGCAGUUCUAUCGCGAAGAUGAUGGCACGCUGACGGAACUUCCUAGUCGACACAUCGAUACUGGCAUGGGCCUUGAGCGGGUCACUUCAGUGCUCCAGGACAAGCGCAGCAACUAUGACACGGACAUCUUUGGCCCACUCCUGGCAGCGCUUCACGACUUGGUUGGAGGUGAUCCGUACCAGGGGCGUGUGGGCGAAGAGGACGUGGGAAUGCGAGACACAGCCUACAGAAUCAUCGUAGACCACGCCAGAACGCUUACUUUGGCUGUUGUGGAUGGCGCCAUGCCAUCGAGCGAAGGCCGUGGAUAUGUCCUGCGCCGUAUUCUCCGGCGGGCCGUGCGCUACGGCCGGUCGAAGCUGCAAGCUCCACCAGGGUUCUUCAGCCAGUUGGUGCCCAAAGUGGCCGACUGUCUCGGAGUAGCAUUCCCGGAACUCAAUGAGGGGGCAAAGCGUGUGGAAUCUGUUCUUCGCGAGGAAGAGGCUGCAUUCGACCGCACAGUCGAUCGCGGAAUGCAGUUCUUCGAGGCUCUUCGAGAUGAACUGACUGCUGAAGGCAAGUCCAUCAUCCCGGGCGACCAGGCUUUCCUGCUCUACGACACCCACGGAUUCCCAUUGGAUUUGACGGAGCAGAUGGCGCAAGAGGCAGGCUUCACUUUGGACUCUGCCGGGUUCGAGGCUGCAAUGGAAAAGCAGAAGGAGCGAUCGCGGGAAGCCCUUCGCGAACAGCAGGCACAGAAGUCCGAAGGUUUGCAGCCUUUGGAGCUCGUGGCCGAACAAACGGCUUGGCUGGGCGACCGCAAGGUUCCCAUUACCGAUGAUGACCCCAAGUACACGUGGAACACCCAACCUUCGGCCAGUAUCCUGGCCAUCUACACCGAGCAUGGCUUCGUAGAGAGCACUGCGGACAUCAAAGAUGAUGGGGCUUCCGUUGGACUUGUAUUGGACAAGACGCCGUUCUAUGCAGAGGCUGGAGGACAGGUGAACGAUUUGGGGUUGCUGAGGAAGGAUGAUGGCGCCGAGCUGGAUGUGAAGGUCGUUCAGGCAUUCGCAGGCUACGUGUUGCACACCGGCCCGCUCCCAACUGGAGCGUUGUCUGUCGGAGAUGAAGUUGUGUGUCAGGUGGACUAUGCACAUCGAAGCCGCAUCGCUCCGAACCACACCAUGACGCACGUACUGAACUGGGCUUUGCGAGAGGUCCUUGGUGAUGGCAUUGACCAGAGGGGCUCGCUUGUAACGGCUGAAAGGCUACGUUUCGAUUUCAGCUAUGAAGCGAGCAACGGCGUGUCUGUCAAGGACCUGCAGCUGGUGGAGUCUAAGGUCCGCGAGGUUGUGGAUUCGGCCCUGCCAGUGCACACAAAGACCGUGGCUCUAGCAGACGCGCAGGCCAUUGCUGGCCUGCGAGCCAUGGCCGGGGAGUCGUAUCCAGAUCCUGUGCGCGUCGUGACCGUAGGCUCUGCAGACCUUGACACGAUUCUAGAGAAGCCCGGCGAUUCUCAGUGGCUGACUCAAUCUGUCGAGUUCUGCGGCGGCACGCACAUCUCCUCGACGUCGGAGGCCAAGUCCUUCGCUUUGUUGGAAGAAAGAGGUAUCUCGAAAGGCGUCAGGCGCAUCAUCGCCGCCACCGGUGAGGCAGCAGAGAUCGCGAUGAAGGAAGCGGAGCAGCUGGAUUCGAAAGUCACUGAACUUGAGGGCUCCAAGGACAUGAAGGAGGAGGCCUUGAUCCAACUCAGCCGCAGCGUGGACAACUCGGAGCUUCCAGCGGCUCCAAAGGCAGCCUUGCGUGAUCGCUUGGGGCAGCUUCGCAAGCAGUUGAAGAAAAAGCAAAAGAAGAAGAAGGGUAAGGUGAGCAAAGAGGACCAGGCUGCUUUCUUGGCCGAGUUGCGACAGGCCAUCGAGGCAGCGAGAAGUGCAGGUGCUGACUUCUGCGUUGCGACAUUCGAAGGCUCAGGAGUGGAUGGCAAGAUGCUGCGGGACCUGGCUUCGGAGCCAGAGAUGGAGUCCUUGGCCGUCUUGGUGUUGAACCAGCCUAGUGAUGGGGCAGUCGACUGCCUAGCAGCUGUUCCAUCCUCUCUCCAGGCUUCUAAGCCAGCUGGUGCCUGGGUCAAGGCUGCACUUGAUGCCGUGGGCGGCAAGGGGGGCGGCAAGCCGGCCUUUGCCCAGGGCGCUGCGCGCGGGACCGACUCACAGGCUUUGAGUGCUGCCCGGGCCGCGGCUGAGGCCUUUUGGGCUUCUUAG